AUGCUGGAGAGGACGAGCACGGCGGGGCUUUCGCAGACGGCGCUCGAGCUCAACGCCCUAUCCGCCCUCCGCGAGACCGCCACCCUCCGCCACGCAGGCUGCAUGCCGCCACCGCCCGUGCCGGCAGCGAUGGCAAGGGCAUUGCUCCAUGGAGGAGCCAGGGGGGUUGGCGUGUCGGUGCCUCCGCCAGCGGCUCGGGCGCUGGUCGACAGUGCCGCGGGCGUAAGUACGUCGAUGCCGGCGACGGCGCCCCAUGCCGUCGCUAGCUGCGCCGCGAGCCCAGGCUCGAUGGCGCCGCAGACCGUCACGAGCGACGGAGCCGGACCCAGCGUGCCAGCAUCGGCACCACGCUGCGAGCCAAGGAGAGAGCCGAGCCAAGGGGUGCUGCACAUUGGGGAAACCUCAGAAGCCAUUGCCGUGCCGCUCUCCUCCCUCGUCGACGGCCUCGAGCCACUAGGCGCGCGUAGCGGCUUCUUUCGCUACGCUGGCACCGGGCGCGGCGCUGGUCGCCCGGACGGUCGGCAGACUGGGCACGGGAGCGACCGCGGCGCGACUCUAGGCCGACUGGAUUCAUUCUGCUUCGUCCGAGGGAUCGCUAGGCCUAGCAUGUGGCGCGCCGCUCGCGUCGUGCGGUCGUUUGUGGCUCCGGCUCAGGUCGUGGGGCAUAGCUCGGGCGCCGAUUUUUUGGCGUUUUUUCUCAAAAUUGAGGGAUUUCUCAUCUAA